AUGGACGACAUCUCGCGCGAAGAACUUGAUGGGAUAUACGCUUUCGCAGUGCAGCUGGGCAAAGAUGCAGGUCGUAUGCUCAUGGACGCGGCGAAAGCCAGGAUGAGCCACGCAGACUCAAGCGCGCAGAAAGAGCAUGUGCAAAAGAUGAAUGCAGUCGAUCUAGUCACCGAGACAGAUGAGGAUGUCGAAGCGUACCUCAAGACCCAGAUUACUUCCCGCUAUCCAAGCCACAAUUUCGUCGGCGAAGAAUCUUACUCAAAAGGCGCGUCGAGGGACUACUUGAUCAACGACGAACCGACAUGGUGCGUGGAUCCUCUGGAUGGGACGGUUAAUUACAUCCAUCUCUUCCCCAUGUUCUGCGUCAGCAUCGCCUUCAUUCAUAGAUCGAAACCCCUGAUCGGCGUUAUCUACGCGCCCUUCCUCAACCAAUUCUUCAAGUCCUGCGCCGGCCGCGGCGCCUGGCUCAACGACACGCAGCCCCUUCCCCUCCUGAGAAAUCCCAUCCCCCCGAUGCCGGAGAAGGCGCCGAGCGGGUGCGUGUUCAGCUGUGAGUGGGGAAAGGAUAGGAGGGAUGGCCCAGAUAGCAAUAUGCAUAGAAAGGUGGAGAGCUUUGUGAAUAUGGCGAGUGAGGUUGGGGGAGGCAGGGGAGGGGAGGUAUGGUGCACGGUGUGA